AUGAUAGCGCAAGACAGCCCUCAGCAAGAACAGGAGCGAAUAGGAACCCUUCGGUUUCUUUCGCCCAGACAGCUGGUGAAACAAGACAAUUUUGUUUCUUUCGGGGAACCAACAACUCGUUCUACGCCACCAUCACCUGUUGCCUGUGCAAGAACAAGGGGCACUACCAGAGCCAUUGUCCCGCUGCCAAGGAUGGAACGGGAGCAAAGUUGGAAGCUACUAUCAGUGAGUGAGUCCACCGAUCAUAUUUGCAGCAACCUGCGUUCUUUGACUCAACCACUGAUGGGGAAAUAUUGA